UCAGGAACCACCGCCCCAUGUAUGACCACUGUAGUGAGUAAAUGUUCAGCAAGCCUACACUAGAUACGCGGCAGGAUAUUUAGUGGAUUUUAUUUCUUAAAAAUACGCAAGAAAUUGUCACUGAAAAUCUGCGAUGGGUUUACUGUGAUCAGCUGUUCGUUAGCUGCUGCCUAGCUGACAAUGGUCAGCACAACAGUUUAGAAAUAAACCGAGCUCAGGUGUUGGUUUUACUGAGGAAACCUAUCAAGUGAAGUCUCCAAUGCUCCAGAUACAGGAGCUAACAUUAGAAUGGAAUACUUAACAUAUCAACCAUGGAUUAUAGAAGUUCCUAUAGAUCUCGCCAGGAGGCUGGGGGCCCCGCACCCUUUGCUUCGUUUGAGGAUUUAAGUGAUUGCAUCGGAGACUCAUCUCCUGAGGAGAUUUAUCCUCUACCAGGUAUAAGAGAAGAAGGAGCACAUCCUCUGCCCACAGAGGAAAAGGGAGAUGAAAUAGAGAGAGAGUUUCUCCAGAGAAAUCGCGAGAACUCAGUCAGUUUCGGAUUUACUGAAGGUGUUUCUUCUUAUGAACUCAGUAAGGCAGCAGAAGAUUUUGACCCUUCGAGAAUAUAUACACCUAGAUCAAAGAGGUAUAGCACCGGAUCUGUAAGCGGAGAAGGGAACAGUCCCUUUACAAACUACAAUUUUCGUAUGAUAGAUGCUGCAAGCGAGCAGAGCUUAAUGGAUCUAGAUCUUAGAAAGCGAACCUCCUACGCUGGACGGAAGGAUGGGGAGGAAGGGGGGGAUAGAAGAAGGAUGGAAGGAGAAGGAAGGAGAGGAGAGGGAGGAGAAGAAGGUGGGAGAAGGUACAGGGAUAGUGAAGACUAUACCCGUCCUCGUUAUGUUAGUGGAGACCGUGGAGGACUUGGUGAUCCUGGUUCUAGAGAUGGUUAUCGAAGAACUGGAAGGUAAGAUUAUUCAUUUAUAGUUCUAUAAAA